AUGCCGGCUCCGGGAAGCGGCCCCUCGGCCCCGCGCGAUGCGCAGGCAGCCGAGUCUUCGUUCGGGCAGGCGUCCUUCGCCCUGCGCGCCAUCCCGCUGCACUUCGCGCCACGGCUUGAUGAGCUGACCCUCCAACUCGCCUUCAAUGAAGCCACCGCCUUUGAGAGAGCUGCCAAGGCUCACUCCAGCCCUUGGGAGAUAGAGUCGGGCGACCACAAGGAGGAAGAGGCACACCAGCUCUGCCGCCAACCAGGAAACGGGCCAAAAUCUUCCACCAGGCUGCGAGCUACAGAGAGGCCCAGCAGCACAAAGUGCGCCAGCUGUGGAGAUUUAUACGAGCUAUGGGACUGCCCCUACCGCAACGCUGAUUGUAGGAGCUGCGGAAAAGUAGGCCACAUUGCAUGCGCUUGCAGGGCCAAGACCAACCGCUGGCACCAGUCUACACACCACGACUUGACUGAUGCUCACAUGACCGCAUUGACCAGCAUCCAGGGGUGUGUGCUUUGGGGCAGUCGGGUGGUGGUUCCCCCCUUGCGCAAGCAGGUGCUGGAAGACCUCCACGAGACCCACCCGGGCAUCGUGAGGAUGAAAGCUCUGGCCCGUAGUUAUGUGUGGUGGCCGGGCAUGGAUGAGGAGAUAGAGGGGUGGGUGAGGAGGUGCCAACCCUGCCAAGAAUCCCGGCCCGAUCCCCCAUCAGCCCCGGUCCACAGAUGGGAGUCUAACAGGCGACCAUGGUCCCGCCUCCACUUAGAUUUUGCAGGCCCGUAUCAGGGCCAAAUCUUUUUUAUACUUGUGGAUGCCUACACAAAAUGGCUGGAGGUGAUUCCAGUAGCCUCAACCUCCACAGCAGCAGCCGUCCGGGCACUCAGGAGGGUCCUAUGCACGCACGGGAUCCCAGACACCCUGGUGACGGAUAACGGUACUGCAUUCACCUCCCGGGAAUUCCGGGAGUUCACGGAGAGGUCAGCCUUCCUGUUCCACAACAGGAUCACCCCAAACCCUAUAACGGGAUCCAGCCCCGCAGAACUGCUUAUGGGGAGGAAACUGACAACACGCCUAGACAGGCUGCACCCCGACCGGGCCCCCGAGGUCCGCGGGUCCCCAGAGGUCCGGGAGGCGGUGCGGGGGUUCUUUCCGGGUGACCCGGUAUACGCGAAGAACUUCGCAAGCGGUCCCGAGUGGGUCGCGGGGAGAGUCCUUAGGGUGACAGGUUCCAGGUCAUACGAGGUGACCACCGAGGGGGGCCAGGUACUAAGGCGGCACAUAGAUCAGCUGCGC